AUGGUUUUUAAAGAAACUUUUGAGACCAUACACGAAACUGAAAAGGAAGUUCAGAAAUGCUUGACUUAUCUCAAAGAACACGCUUACAAUGGCAGGGAAAUGCUAAAUGCAUCAAAGUACAUUAAAUCUUACAAGGAAGAACUGGGAAUCCAAAGCCGAUUGAAGUUCCUGGCAGAUUUUUUGGAGGACGAGAAGAAACAAGCAGAAAAGGAACUGAAGACAUUUAAACAGGGAGUGGCGACAGAAUGCCUCAAUGUGAAGUGCAAGCAAAUUGAAAAUAAAAUACAGUCUGACUUUGCAAUCGAGGAUGAUUACGGAGAGGAAGACUAA